AUGCGCCUUCGAUAUAUCGACAAACUGGUCAAUCCUGUUGAUUGCCACAUGUCUGCGCCACGACUCUCUAAUUCAUCCCGCAAGCGCCAGCGUUCAGAGCAAAAUCCGUCUCAAGUGAGCGGAUUAUCCCAAUCAAAAAAGCAGAAGCACGACCACCCAACCGGUUCUCCACCGCAAGAAUUCUGGGACAACCUGUCGAAGCUUUGGUUAACCAAAGGCGCGGUGAGAGAGCUAAACCGAAGGAACGCUCAGCCUACUCCAUACCCAUCUUAUUUGCGGUGCCGAAAACCAAACAGGCCAUUGACUCGUCAGCUUCUGGCUACACUGAAGAAUAAUCGCCGACUCGUCCAGAACGCUGCUGGCUUCCUCCGCGACUGUGUGCCGAAUUAUUCGAAGGAUAUAAAGCAGUUUGCCAGGCACGGUGGUCCGGAUCUCUCGGAUUUGAGGGGUUUCCCAGAACCUAUAAAUCCUCUUGAUCGCACGAUGAACUCGGGUCGGUCCAGGUCUCGACGUCGAAAGCGGUCUGCAACACUUACUCCAUCCUCAAAAACCCAAGGAACCCAAGACACUGAGGUCACCAAAACUACCAGCACUACAGCUUAUAAACGUAACUUCGAACAGAACCUGAUCGACCAUGGUGUCUACCCUCCAGAGUACGAUUAUCCGGACGGUCGGUUCCCCCCAAUACCAGACAACUGGGAGAUCAUCAAUGAAAGAUUAGCCAGACCCCGAGCUUCGCUUUCACCAUCAAGGUUUUCGGAAAAAAAAUUCAAAGAAUUCAGAAAAGCAGAUGCCCAUGCAUCCAAGGAGCAACCAGUGGCAGUCUCAGUGAUUCCAAUUAUUGAGGGCAAGAUCGGCGACGCUAAAUGUGUCGGAGGAGGAUACGCAUUUGGAAACCUGGCUCCCUUGACGGACGGUACUCUUGCUGCCGGCAAGCCAGAUCAUUUCUACGGAGCUCGUCCCGAACAGCUUGACCGAAAUAUCCGCAGCAAGUUAAGUGACCUCAUCAUCCCUUCAACACAGGAUAGUCUCCCGAUGUCGCCGAACUUCUUUCUGGAGGCAAAGGGACCCGAUGGAUCUGCAGCAGUAGCUAGAAGACAGGCGUGCUAUAAUGGCGCGUUGGGUGCUCGAGGUAUUCAGAGCCUUCAGUCAUAUGGGAAAGACAAACCAGUUUACGAUAACAACGCCUAUACAAUUACAUCUACAUACCACGAUGGCACGCUCAAGUUAUACACCUCUCAUUCUAUCCAGCCAGCCCGUUCUGGAGAUCGUCCUGAAUAUAUUAUGACGCAACUCAAAGGGUGGUCUAUGACUGGUGACCCAGUAACUUUUCGUCAGGGAGCAGCCGCUUUUCGGCAUGGCAGAGACUUGGCAAAGGAAUGGAGAGACGGAUUCAUUGAGGCCGCAAAUCGGAGGGUUCCAGACUUGGAUAGCGAAUCUCAAUCUUUUGCAUCCUCUGGCGAAGGGCCAGUUUCUAUUUUAACAGCGGGACCAGUCUUGGUCGAGUCCGAUACAUCAGCCAACGAAACCGAGGCUGAGUAUGAGGAUGCCCUACAAUGGAGCUUCACAGAUCAUGUUGGAGAGGUGGACGAGGAAGAGGAAGAUACCAUUGGAGCGAGUAAAGUUGGCUUUAAAAGGCAGAGGGUUGGCGACAAGGCAGAUGAGCAAGGAUAA